AAGCCUCAUAUCGAUAGUAGAACUUGGAGUAUACAGACGGCUGGCCCGUCCGAAUAAUAUUUUGUAGAUUUGUUUAUUGUUUAAAUGUAAAUAUCUUGUACACAAAGGAAAAAUGGCACCGAGUCCUGUUGACGAACUUGCCCUAUUGGACUUGGAAAGGUCCAACAAGGGAGCCUCAAAACAGAGGCGGGACCAGAUUAACUCGGAAAUUGGGAUAAUGAGGGAUCUUCUUCCCCUUCCCGAGAGUUCACGACAGAGGUUGUCCCAACUUCAGGUCAUGUCUUUGAGUUGUGUAUUCAUCAGGAAAUGUAACAUUCUCCAGAAAAUGAUACAAUCACAGGCCUGUCCUAACGAUGCCCCAUGCGAGUUUUCUCAGUCCCUUACUGGGUUUCUUCUCGUGACAACCCGAGAUGGCAAGCUGGUCUACAUCUCAGAAAAUGUUACAGAGUACCUGGGGCACUCAAUGGUUGAUAUGAAGACGCAAGGGGACAGUUUAUUUGACAUCGUGGACAAACGGGACCAUGGCACUGUGCAGGCGCAGUUGAUGCAUGGAGGAGAAGCCGACAAGAAACAGCCAAUCAGCUUCUUCUGUCGGAUGAACAUGUCAAGAACUCUCAAACGUCAAGCUGGCUUCGGUGAUGUCAAGGUGAUGCACGUGCGUGGGCACUUUGUGUCGGUACCAGGGCAGGACUCUGGUAGCGAACAACAGGUCUUCAUUUCCGUGUGCUCGCCUCUGAUCACCCCGGACGUAAAAGAAACGCUUAUUCAGAACAACACCAUGGUAUUCAAAAGCAUCCAUCAUCUCGACAUGAAUUUCCUGGAAAUUUCUCAAAAUGGCGAACAUCACCUUGGUCUCACGACUGAUGCAAUUAAGGGGAAAUCCUGGUACUCCUGUCUGCAUCCAGAGGAUAUUCACGAGGCCAGAGAGAAACACAUCCAAUUGGUGAAAUCAAGACAUGAGAUGGGUUCUAUGAUGACGGUACGCAUGCUCACUGAAGACAAUCAGGUCAUCUGGGUCAACAUCGUGAUGCACGUGCGUCAAGCUUUGCUUUCCAACAGUGACGAGCCCGUGAUUUUCUGCAUCAAUCAAGUUAUCAGUGAACAGGAAGCCUACCAAUUCAAGAUCCAGGGUCAACUUUUCGCUCUCUACGCAACUCGUGCUUCUGACUUCUUCUUUGGAUCUGCAUUUUGCGCACCAGUCUCACAAGCCUUGGAGGCCGGGAUGAUUUCUCAGCAACAGCAAAGUUCUACAAACAACUUUGCUCCGUCGACAUUUUUCGCAGGACAAACAGUUUUCGAUACACCGACUCCCACGUCACAAGGGUUUAGCCCACCCCCGAUGUUUUCCUCACAGACAAACUUGUGCAUGAGAAACAAUGUCCCCGGUCAGGCUAUAGGACGCCAAGGUCAAGGACAUACAAAUACACUGAAAGCAUUGAAAAGAAAGUUACAAGAGAACUUCAGCUCCACAUGUAAGCCUGUCAAAGUCGCGAGAAUGGUUCAAGACAGAUCUUCCGGAAACGGCUUCAUUGUUUCUGGUGGAACACCUCUGCCAUCAUCGUUUGAAAGCAACUCGUAUCGCAAUGCCCUCGGAGCUAGCUUAGCCCCUCAGCAUGCGGUUACUACUGGGCCUGUGCAAAUGAUGUACUGCCUCAACAGCAACAGCAACCCGAUCAACACCAAACAGAAGUCGAUUGUGUCCGACCCCUUGUCACCAUUUGUAGAGUCGAAGAGGCUGAUGCAAAAGAAUGCACCACUGGAACAAGUAGUUCCUGAAUUAUCAAUUCCCGCCUGCUACCCUACACCAGAACCAUCCCCAGUAUCAUCUCCUCAACCGCAGAUGAAACAGGAACCAGUCAUUGGUGGUGUAGACCCGAUCCUUGUCGCAAAGCAUCUAUGUGUCAUCCGACAGAAGCACGAUUCUGCGUCGCAACAAUGCACCAAGAUAUCGAAUCCAGAACCCCAAAAGAAACUGUUACCUAGCUUGGACGUGUCGUUUGUUGACUCUUUCUUUGACGAAAUUGGAACUGUGAACGGUCAGCCAAUGUCUAUCAAAGGGCUUCUCCAACGUGUGAAACAGGAACCCGUAGACAACACCGACUACAACUGCCUUCAAACUCAAGAAAAACAACAGAUUCCUGAAUUUGAACAGUUCGACAUCGAUGAGUUGUUCGAGGCAAGUGGAGUGCAAUUGAACAACACUUGCAACAACUUCAUGGGCAUGAAGAUGGAAAUGGAGGACCAACGGCUUCCAAUAUGUGAAAGCCAACCGAGUCCAACACCUUCAUCUCCUCGCUCGACUACCGAAGACAAGCUUUCCUGUGACGAUAUCAUGUCAAGCGUGGUGCUGACUCCAGAGUCUGACUUCGAUACGGAUCCAUGCGAUGAUCUGGACCCUGACUCUUGGAUGCUGGAGACGUGUAAUAUUGAUAUGUCAACCAAAGGUCUCGACUUGUUUGCCGAACCAAAGCUCCAAACUGACUUUUGUCUGAAACAGGCUGGUCCUUGCUCAGAUGAAACCGGGUUGUAUCAACUCAAACAACUUAUUUCGUCAUGGACGCCAAGUGGUGUCUCUGAAUUAACCGAAGAAUCCCAGUAGGCCGACGUGUAAGUUUCGACUUACGAUUUAUCAACUGUAUGGCAUAUUGCCAUUGGGACGGUUCCUUCGCUCAACCGCUGGACGGAUGGACAGAAGGACGUCUUCAUAUCUCCCGCUGGUCGGGGGAAACUGUUUUUCUACAUUUAGAAAUGUUUAAUCUUAUUAUAUUCAUGACCCGUUUUAUAUAAAAUCCAACGUGCUUUAUCCCCCAAGUUCCGCUGGUCGGACUUUGUUUUGGAUAACAAACAUCGGUUCCGGAGGUACUUCCGGUUCCGUUGUGUACGACGUCUUACUGGCUAAGACUUGUACUUAUCCAUACAUGUAUAUAUAUUUUCGGAUUUUGAAAGAAACUUUGUGACGUUAUAUAUAUAUAGAUAUGUGAUGAAUUAUAGAUUUCUAUAUUUUCAUUGAUGUUGGUUAUAGUAACAAGAGUGUUUAUCUGUUAUGCAACGCCUUCGAAACAUAUGCUAUUGAUAAAGUUUUUUUCCUUAUCUCGUACCAUGUCUUUAGAUAGAGCUAUGGUUUUCAUUUCUUGAAUGUCUUUUGUUUUUCAUUAACACAUCAAACGUAUCUCGCUGGUCGAGAACGUAUUCACCUUAACUAUAUAAGAUAGGAAACUUGUUCUCGGAAUGAAGGAAGAAAAGUAGGCUGAAACUCGUUGAUCGGGAAUCCAUCCUUCAUUAUUUUAAUAUAUUUACACAAUUUCAUUAUUCUUUACUUAUCUUCCAAUACACACCGUCAACAUUUUUUCUCUGAUCAGUACGAUCAAAGCGAGGCUAGUCCUCGAACAUCAUCAUUCAUUAAUUUUCAUAACGAGGCUGGCCCUUGUUCGCACAAAUAGUUUCCAUGAUAAUGAAAUUGUCGUAAAUAUUAUUUGUGUACUUUUUGUCGCUUUUGGGCUUAAAAUGAACGUCAUAGGUAGAGAGUUAUAAGACAAGUUAAAUUUCUUGCAAAUGUCUAUGCAAGGAGGAAUACUAGUAGUAGCAAAAUACCUUAAAUCGCGAAGGCAGCAAUGUCACGUUGCACGCCAUGUGGCUGUUCACGUGACUAUGAGAAUAGAUUAAUUAUCUGAUAUACAGGUGACACGGACUAUCCAGCAGUACAGGUAAAUGUGCUUUAGUCUGAUCCUUAUGUCAGUCCGGUUUUAGCAAGAAGGUGACGUUUAUUUCAUAACCGUUGUUAAAUUUCAUACACUUUGUACCUUGUUAUUAUAUAAAAUGAACUUGUUGUCAUGACGAUCAUUCCUCACCCGCUGGUCGGUAGAUAGGUAUUGUCAUUACAAUGAUUUUGUAUCCAUGGUGACCGUUGAGAGGUUAACCCUGUAUGACUAAGCUUCUCAGUUGUGUUAUUAUAAUAAACGAAAGAAAAAAAAA